UAAACUUGCGUUCUUACGAAACAGAAUGCUUUCUUAUCGACAGAACUCAUGAAACCAUAAAAGAAAAUAUAUUCAACGUUAAACAUGAUCAGUAUUUCACGAACUGUUGUGAAGGAAUAAUCUUUGUUACAAAAAUGGGAACAGAGAAGAAGAGAAUGUCACCUUAUCGGCUGUGGGGUUCAACGACGGACGAGGCCAUUGAAUUUGAAUCAUUGACUAACGAUACAUUAUCGGGUGCUCUCGACGUAAUAAGAACCAGUUUCUUUACGCAAGAGAGUGUAUGCAAGGCCGUUGGUAUUUUAUCAGAACCUGGUGCUGCAGAUGAAUUGAUCGAACUUUGUUUGGAUGCCGCGAAAGACGGCGUAAGCAUCGUAGCCCUUGAAGUUGAAACCGGCAAAGUAGUUGGCGCACUUUUCAACAAAAUUCAACUUCCUGGAAAUGGAAAAGAAAAAAGUUCAUUCGAACGUUUCAGUGAAACUUGUAAAUGCAAAUCUUCAAAAGCAUUGGUCGAUUUCAUGAUAGACAUUGAUGCGAGUUACAAUCUCUUUCAACACUACAACGUUAAAUGCAUUUUUGAAUUAAUGUUUAUAGCGGUAUUACCGGAAUUUUCUAAACGUAGAAUAGGAGAACUAUUGAUAUCAUCUGCGAUAGAAAUUUGUAGAAAAUUGAAAUGCGGAGAACAAGUGAAAAUUCCUGUUUCGGUUAAAGAUAAUAAUUCUAUAAAUAAUUACGAUGCAGUACCAAAUUUAAUUUCAGCUAUUUUUACCUCGAUUUAUUCGCAAAAAAUUGGUAGGAAAUUGGGUUUUGAAACAUUGUUAGAAGUCAGUUUCGAUAAAUUUGAAUAUGACGGUAAGAAAUAUAGCGAGAUACUUGAUAAGGAGGAGAAAUAUUGCGUUUUGGCCACUAAAAGAAUUUCAUAAACAUAUUUUUCUACCACUGAAAUUAUUUGCAUAAUAAUUACUACAACCACAAUAAAACUGUUAAGUUGUUAUAAAAGACUAUUACGAUUUUAGAAUAGAAAUCUUAUUUUAUUAUUUUUUUUAUUUUUAAUUUAAUGUCAUAAAAAGAAGUAAAAUAAUAUAAUAGAACAUACUUGAAAGAUAUGUUUUUAUUUGAAACGAUAGUAAAACGUAUGACAAAACUAUCGAUUCACCUGUUAACUAGAAUCUUUACGUAAUAGCAUCGAGGAGAUAUACUGUGUAUAGUACCAGGGAAUAAUAUAUUACUUGUGUAACGUCGAUACGAAUAUGGAAACAUUUUCGUUGAUGAUGACAGUAACUAUAAGCUACAUAUAUACAUUUAUACAUAUAACACGUAUUUAAAUAUUAAGCUAAUUGUCAUUUUUAAUAGAGGUCAU